ACAAGAUGUGGUUCGUUUCUAAGCAACCAUGCUGAGAAGAAGGGAAAAAAAACUUCACUAAAGAAGAAAGAAAAAAAAAGCAAAAAAGUAGAUGCCAGCAUUUAGUCAUUGAUAGCAAGUAGCCUGUCAGUUAAUGUUACUCCAUAGAUAGACUUUAGAUUAUGACAUCUUCACAAAGUACAAAGUACUUGUAAUUUAUCCGGUAUGGUACAUUUAUAUUUUACAUAACUAAAGAAAGCCACCACCCAGACAUCAGAUUGCAAAAAAUUAAGAGACUCUAAGAACGGCCACCAAGGAGAGCAGAUCACAGAUCACACUCUUUUAACAUCUUAUUGUCUUCUUCCUGAAACAGUCUGUGCUACCAUCAUCCAGACAUCAUGGAAAAAAAGGAAAUGACAAAACUGGAGGAAUAUUUCAUGAGGAUUGGAUUCAAGGAACCAUAUGACAAGCCUGACUUGAAAACGUUGAUCCAACUGCAGGAGCACUUCAUCAGAAGUGUUCCUUUUGAAAACCUUGCCAUUUUCUGUGGAGAGCAAAUAGUUUUAGACUUUGAUGCCAUCUUUAACAAAAUAGUCAGGUGCAAGCGAGGAGGGUGGUGUUGUGAAAGCAAUCAGUUAUUUUCUUGGGCAUUAAAGGAGCUGGGAUAUAACAUCAUCAACUUGGGGGCAAUAUCUUUUAAUAAUCAGAAGAAUGAUUAUAACCCAUUUGUGUCACAUUUCAUUACAAAAGUGAUAAUAGAUGGAAAGCCGUAUUUGGUAGAUGUUGGUUAUGGUGUGUCUGGUCAAAUCUGGCAGCCUCUUGAACUUGUGUUAGACAAGAAGCAGCCUCAAGGCCCAGGUGACUACCAGUUCAUAGAAGAAACAGGAAUGUGGCACUUAGUAAAGUUUGUACGAAAGAUUGAUAUUCCAAAUGAAGCUUUUGCAAAGUCUCCAUUGCUUAGUAAAAAUCCUUGCAGGAGAUUAUACCGCUUUAACAUGGAACCGCGUGAAGUUGAUAGCUUCAAGGAAAUAUGUUACUACCUGCAGACCUCCCCUGACUCUCCAUUAAAUGGGAAGGCAAUCUGUACCUUACAAACACUAACAGGGGUCCGUGCUAUGAUUGGUAAGACUUAUAGUGAGGUCACCUACAACUACAAGGAUGGAGCUGAUCUUUAUGAUAUGUCGACAGUAGCUGAGGAGGAGAUGGAGAAAAUGUUCAAAGAGAAAUUUGGAAUUGACUUGAAAGGCAAAUUUGUGCCUCAAAACACAAGCUAUUACACUUUAUAGAGGACAGAAAUCAGUCAUUUUAGCAGGAACACUCAGAAUGUUGGUGCAUAAUGACAUUUGGCUGUGCAUUAAGUCCAACAGAGCCAAAUCGAGUUACUAGUUAACAUGUAAUUAGUCAACUAGCAUAGAUAAGAGAAAGUAGUUUAAAGAUUAUAACUCAAACAUUCUUCAGCUAUUUCUUACCUGAUUCUAUUCACAAUUCCAUUCCCCUUUUUUUUGCAAGUUUGCCUUCUAGAUUACAUUGUUUGUAUAAUGCAAACUACCCUUUAAUUUUUAAAUAAGAUAUUUCAUUAAUUUUUAAAAAAUAAACUUAUUCAAAACAUUUUCAGACCCCUUCACUUUUUUCACACUUUGAUAUGUUGCAGGCAUAUGCACUAAAAUUGUUUAAAUUUGCUUUUUCUUUUAAUAAAUAUCACUCGGUACCUUAAAAUGACAAAUUGGAAACAGGAUUUUAUAAAUCUUUGCAAAUUUAUUUAAAAUAAAACAUUUCAGUAUCAUAUUGACACAAAUAUUCAGACCUUUACUUGAUACUUUGUUGAUGCACCUUUGGCAGGGACUCGAGCCUGGAGUCUUCUUGGGUAGAGCCCAACAAGCUUUGUGCACCUGGAUUUGGGUAUUUUCUGCCAUUCUUGUCUACAGAUCCUCUCGUGCUCUGUCAAGUUCAAUGGAGACUUUCAGGUCUCUUCAGAGAUAUUUGAUUGAGUGCAGGUUGGCUCUGGUUGGGCAACUCAAAGACAUUCCUGAAGUUGCCCCUAAGCUACUCCUGUGGUGUCUUUGCUUUGUGCUUAGGGUCAUUGUCCUGUUAGAAGGUUAACCUUCAGCCCAGUCUGAGGUCCAAAGCAUUCUGGACCAUGUUUUCAUUAAGGAUAUCUCUGUAUUUUGCUCUGUUGAGCUUUUCCUCAACCCUGACUAAUACCUGCUGGUGAAAAACAACAUUAAAGUAAGAUGUUGCCACCACCAUCCUUCACCAUCAGAAUGGUAUUGUGCAGGUGAUGAGUAGUGCCCGGUUUCAUCAGAAGAGAGAAACUUAUUUCUCACAGAUUGAGAGUCCUUUAGGUGCCUUUUUUGGUUUCCUUAAGUCUUUUUUUGAAGAGAGGCUUCUAUCUGGCCACUCUCUGCUAUAAAGCUCAGGGGCAUCAUGCAUAGAAUUCAAACUAAAACAUGGCGUACGGACAAAAGUGGAAAUGUGCAUACACACAGAAAAAUCCAGAUGCAGAAAAUCUGUGCGAACACCAAUUUCCACGUUCUUCUGCUCCAUAAAUCCUGGUCAGCAUAAAAAGUAAUGCACGUGCACGCGCCUGCUGCCCCACCCCAAGUCCUCCCAGAAUUACGCCUCUUUGAAUAUGCAAAUCAAUAUAAAUAGCCCUUAAGCUCAGUGUUCUGUGAAAAGGCAAUGGCAAAAGCACAGGGGAAAAUAGAAGAAUUUCAGCAAAUACCAAGUGGAGGCAAGGAAAAACAUACUAUCUGUUGAUUUAAACAGUGGUAUAAACAACAAAAAGAAGUUGAUCGAGUGACAGAGUGUCGGAGAAACUCGAAAGCUCAAGUUCACAAAGUCGCACAGUGCCCAAAAUAAAAAAGUUGUUAGAUAUCAAAGUCGCAGUGUCGUAGCCUACCACCUGAGUGUCAUAUGGAAGCUUAUUAGGGUACAGAGAAAAGAAAAAAAAUAGGCACACAGUGGGAAAAAAAGUAUAGAACUUUAAUCUCAAAAUUUCCAUUUUAAUCACAUAGUUUUUUUGUCAUUAAAGUAGAACAUCAUUAACUUUAUCUUAAAAUCUUUAAUUUACUAGUUUCUCAAAUACCAUCAUAACUAAAGUAACACGUUAAAUACUUUGUUUUGUAUGUGUUCUUCUAAGUGCUCUAUGUGUGUGAAUAACUACGUGAUUCUUAAACGGGCUUUCUCUUCCUCUGACAGGACACAGAAUCCAUUACAUUCGUGAUAUUACAGCUCUCUGAAUAAUUUAAAUACUGAGAUGUAUACUUGAUAUCAUUUUCAUGAUGAUAGGAAUUAAAGCAUGUUAUUAAACAUGGGAACGCGGUGGCGCAGUGAUAGUGACUAGCUGGCACCGCGACCAGAGAUUGUUCCUGCCUCACGCAAGAUGCUUGCUGCGUCGUGCGCAACCUUCGAUGAAAUAAUUUAUUGCAGCAGUACUGUCUCUUUCAAACAUACUAACCCCCAAUUCCUGUCCUUCCUUUUCUUUCUCCAAGUAACCAAUCGCCACACGAUCAGCUCUGUAAUAGAUGUCAGCCAUCUGUAGGCUUAGAAUGCUGAUUCUUCAAAACUUUUAAGGAACAUUGAAAUGUCUUCGUAGUACAUGUUUAAUUAUUCUAUCCAUCUACCCAUCCAAUGCCGUGCCAGCCCCAGCAAGAAUACAGUGUGAGGCUGGAACAAUCCCUGAACUAACUAGCGCUGCGACACCGUGUCCUCACAUGUUUAAUUAUUAAUAAUAUAGAUUAUUUAAAUAAUGUUAACAUUUUAUCUGUAUAAUGUAAUAAGCCUAUUUUGCUGCAUUUCAUCAUAAAAAUGAUAUCAUCAUCAUAUGUAAAUAUGGGCUUUAUAAAGUGGCGCAGGUUGUGCAAUAUUAUAACUGUAUUGUAAGUUUACAGUGAGGUGAUUGUACUUAUAAGUACAAACAGUUCUACAAGGAGCACUUGAUGGACUGAUUGAGUGUGUUUAUAGUUCUUGGGAUGAAACUGUUUUUGAACCGCGAGGUCCGUACAGGAAAGGCUCUGAAGCGUUUGUCAUAUGAGAGCAGUUCAAAUAGACAGCAUGGCUGAGGCAGCGUGUGCUUGAUGCUGCAUCCCAAUAAUUCUCUUUCCGAUCAACUGCUGUAGAGCUGUGAUUCCACACUCAGUUACAAUGGGAUAAAUACUUGAGAGUAACAACACUAAAGCAGCUAUGGUAUUUGGAAUAGUUUGGCCAUUCCUUGGGCUAUUGUUACAGGUUAAUUACAAUAUAUAUAAAUGUAAUGAAUUAUUAUUAUUAUUAUUAUUAUUAUGCCUUAAACUAAUAAACAAUAUGCGGUUAAUUUCAAUGUAUUUGAUAAAGCGUCAAGGAUGUGGAUCUAAAAAAGAAAGGGUAACCACACUGGAACAAAAGCACUGCUUUGAUGCUGGGUGCUGCCAGUUUGCAAAACCGAGUGGAGAACAUUUCGUUCGCAAUGGUUUGAGCUAGCGUGAAAAUGUACAUGGCUUUAUGCCAAGUUUAGGUUUUAUACAUCGCGAUUUGAGCAUGGAAAUGGGCUUAUGCAACUUUUUUGUGUGUAUGCACCGUUUAUACAUGAGGCCCCAGAUCAUUUGAGUGAUGCAGUGAUGGUUGACUUUGUGCAAGGUUCCUCCACCUCCAUACAGGAUCUUUUUUUUUUUUUUCUCAGGAUGAGUGACCAUCUGGUUCUUGGUCACCUCUCUUACCAUGGCUUUUGUCAUCCGCUUACUCAGUUUGGCCAGGCAGCUGCUGCAGAAAUGUAUUGUAGCUUUCCUCAGAUUUGUUCCUUAACAUAAUUCUGUCUCUGAGCUCAGUUCUUUUGACCUCAUGGCUUGGUUUUGCUCUGACACAUUUGCCAGUUCUGGGACCUUCUAUAGAGAAGUGUGUGCCUUUCCUAAUCACAUCCAAUGAACUGAAUUGACCAAAGACAGAUUCCAAACAAGGUAUAGAAACAUCUCAGUGAACAUCUCAGUGAUAAUCAAUUGAAUGAGAUGCACCAAGUUUCAAGUGUUAUUGCAAAGGGUCUGGAUACUUGCAUCAAUAUAAUAUUUCAGUUUGUUAUUUUUAAUAAAAUUGUACACUUUUCUAAAAUCCUGCUUUUCACUUUGUCAUUCUGAAGUAUUGAGUGUUGAUUAAUGUGAGAAAAAACUAAUUUAAACAAUUUUAGCACAAGGCUGCAGCAUAACAAGAUGUAAAAAAGUAAAUGGGUCUGAAUACUUUCUGAUGGCACAGUAUAUAAGUUUGCAGACUAUACUGCUGCAUUAUUUCAAGUAAUUUUCAAGAAGGCUGAGAGAAAAAAAUCACAGGAAUUGAAGAGCAGUUUGAGGAACGUCCAUCACAGAUGAGAAAUUGACAUUAUGCUUGAAUUCGAACAAAUUCUUAGAAAUACAGUAUAUAUGGUGAGAUAUGUUAGUCAAUCUGAAAUGCAGCUCUGUUUGUGUUAAAUUCUGUACAUGUUUUAUUAUGAAUUGAAAUCAAUUUUCAGUAUAUCAGCGGUUACCAUCUUGAGGUGCCCACACCCCCAGGCUGUGCAAGAUAGCAUUUCAGCAUGACAAAGAUGAAGUACUGUGUGUUUUAGCAAACCGAGUGAGGUGCGUUGUCCAACUUUAUUGUGGUGUAGUCGGUACCUUGCAGUGUGCCAUCAUUUGUAGGUCAUUUAUUUGUUAAUGCUCCUAUUCUAUGAUAUGAAAAGAAUCAAGCAUUUUGCGCACAAUAGUCACCUAUGAAUGAGCCACAGAAAUGUGCGUUCUUGUGAGUUCCUUGCUGCGGGUGGAGCAUUCAUAAAGGCAGAUAACUUUUAAGAGAAUGAGAUUUGGACAUUGCAAUGAUAAGAGAAGGGUGAGGUCUCGUAUUGAUUUCUGUGCAUGCCCUGAUAAUGAAACAUCACUGAUUUUGAGGUGUUAUUGACAUUUUGGGAUACAAGGGUUUGCUAAAUUGGAAACAACACCUGCUGCUGACAUUAAGUCCAUCUCUCCUGCAGGCAGUCUUGGCAGUAGCACAGAAAUGUUAACAGUGCGGUACAUCCGUUUCUGAACUGCAGUCCAUGUGCUAUCGAAGAGCAAAGCUCAUCCACUGUAUUUCAUUGCUUAGCGGAGAACCGGCACCUGCUGCUUCAUGGGAGUCUCCAAUCCCCCAAACUUUUCGAUCGUUAAUCAUGUGUCAUUUCUUCAUGCUGCUUGCUUCUUCACAGGAUACCCCAAACCCCUUACAAUAAAGUGUCUAAGCUUCACGGGGGACACAUUUACAAGAUUAUUGAGAUUUAUAAAGGUAAAUUACUCAAUUUAUAUUUAAAUUUUAUGCACUGAGUUAAAAGCUUAUUUGUUGAGUUUAUUUUGUUCACCUGCAAUAAUGUAUGUAGUUCAAUUGUGGUUCAAAAAUUAGAAAUUUGACUUCCUCAUCUUACUUUUGGAGGUGGUGUGAACAUAAAUCAAACAUUUUCUAGGGGCGCAGGGCAUAGAAAAAGUUGGGAAUGCUGCACUAUUCAGUAUGAUCAAAUAUGUACAAACUAGUUGAUAAUAUUCACGACGUACAUUUGAGAUUGUGCAACUCAAAUGUGUUGUUUAGAGUCUUACAUAUUCCCAGCAAUUAAUAUUAAAUAAAACUGAGAUGAGAUAUUUCCCUGUAGAAUGGUUCUACACUUUAUAAGCAAACACAAGCAUAAUUGUAUUGCAUUAUACUUUAAUAUCAUGCUCUCUUAUAAACAUCCAUCCAUCCAUCCAUCCAUCAUCCAACCUGCUAUAUCCUAACUACAGGGUCAUGGGAGUCUGCUGGGGCCAAUCCCAGCCAACACAGGGCGCAAGGCAGGAAACAAAGUCCGGUCAGGGCGCCAGCCCACCGCAGUCUUGUAAACAUGUUAUACUAAAAUAAAUACUGACUGGUGUAUGUGAAAAAGCUAAUUAAGAAGAUAAUGUUUACUUACAGCUUGGAAAUCACUUUCAAUGAAUGCUACCUUUAACAAUUAGUUAAUUGUUUCUACUAUUGUCAUAUUAAAUCAAUAUGUUGUAUUAAAUAUGUUAAAAUAAAAUUGUGGAGAACUGA